ACCAGUUGGAUCAAAUAUAUAAAUUAUGUGGAACUCCCACUGAAGCAACUUGGGAAGGUUAUACUACUUUAUCAAAUGAUAAAAUACUUAUUUGCAAUCCCAAAGAUCGUCUAAAUGCUUUUCAAGCAUUGGACCAUGAUUAUUUCUUUACUGAACCUUUACCGGCUGAUCCUAAAAAUUUACCAACAUAUGAUUCGAGUCAUGAAUAUCAUCAUCGAAAACCUCAAAAGAAAGAACGCGAAGUAGCUAAUAGGAAUGAUGAAGAAUCUGCCAGAGGCAGUAAUUCAACUCAGGAUGGCUAUCGUCAAAAUAAAAAGGAUCGUAGAUCUAAAAAGAGAAAUAGUCGAACUCCGGAUACUUCACAUUCUAAAAAAGUACGAAUCAAUGAUCAACGAGACUCACGGGACCAACCUCCUCGUCGUCAUGCUCUUCCAGAAAAACCGAUUUCGAGAAAUUAA